AUGGGGCCCGUCGAGCGGGAGUCGCGGAAAAGAAAAUGCGACGGUCUCCGGCUGCGCCUGCGCUGCAUCGACAAGAAGAUAAAUGAACUAUGGCUGCAGGAACGGCAGAUUAUUACAGAAGAAUUGCAUCGCGCGGGCCCGGGCCUGGCCUUCCCCUCGUUUUCCGAAGAUCCGACCAGUGACAGCGACGGCGAAGAGCGGAAAUCUUCCGCAUCCGACAAGACCGAAAGCCACGCGGAAGAUAAGAAAAAGACGGUCUUUACCGUCGCAAAGACCGGGCAUGUCGUGACGCUGGAAGCGACCCGAUUCACCGCUGAGCAGCGAAUAAGACUGAACCGGAUAUGCUUGCAGCUGAUGUCCCUGACACCCUCCGAAUCCGCCGAAUCAGAUAAUAAGAAA